AUGAAGCCCUUAGAAACUCGGCUGACCCCGGAAUUCCGCCGGGUGGCCGCCAUGAUGCUGGCCGCUGUGCUGUUUUUCUUUACCCUGGUGGUGUUAUACCAGGUCAUGCCGGUCUCCUGGAGCGUUUCGUUGCAUGAGAUGACCGGCAAGUCCGUCGUGAGCACCCAGAGCUGUAGUAGUCCUCCGAGCAAUCAUUCCGCUGCGUCCGCCUCCACCUCCACCCUUCCGUUUAUCGAUGAUUUCUUGCAUCCCGACCGGCGCUGUCAGGCGCUGCCGGAUCCCGGCAACAUGCUCUUUAUUGUGAAAACCGGCGCGACCGAAAUCUACGAGAAACUCCCCACGCAGCUGCUGACCACCCUCGGAUGUUCGCGCGAUUUCAUCAUCUUUUCCGAUCUGCAGGAGCAGAUCGGUCCCUACACCAUCCACGAUGCGUUGGCGGAUUUCAACGCCUCCAUGAAAGCCACCCAUCCCGAGUUCGAGCUAUAUCGCCAGCAGCAGGAGUAUCAGCGCGGAGGUCUCGAUAUCGCGACCCUGAAGCAUGACGGGCAGGCGGCCUGGAAGCUGGACAAGUACAAGUUCCUGCACGUGGUGGAGAAGACGUGGGCCCAGCGACCGAAUGUGGAUUGGUAUGUGUUCAUCGAGAGCGACACAUACGUGGUGUGGACGAACCUGCUGCUCUGGUUGAAGCAGCUGUCGCCGCGCGACCGGCUGUACAUGGGCUCGGCCGCGUUCCUCGGUAGCCAAGGGUUCGGGCACGGAGGCAGCGGAUAUAUCAUCUCCAAGGCGCUGAUGGAGAAGUUUGUCGGUCAGAACCCGGGCAUGGCCAGUCGGUACGACGAGGUGUUUUCCGACGUCUGCUGUGGAGAUUUCGUGCUGGGCAAGACCCUGACGGAAGAGCUCAACAUCAAGAUCCAGAAUUUCUGGCCCCAGGUGAAUGGCGAGAAGCCGGUGACGCUGGAGUUUGGCUCCCGCCAGUGGUGCCAGCCGGUCGUCACGAUGCAUCAUGUGAUGCCGCGCGAGCGCAGUGCCAUUUUCGAUUUCGAACAGGCCCGGGAUGAUGUCACGAAACCGCUUCUGUUCCGCGAAUUAUCCGAAUUGUCCUUCCCACCGGGCAAGAUGCGAGUCCAGGAGGACGACUGGGAUAACCUGGCCAACAAGAAGGUGGAUCUGCCCCAGCCAUCGAUGGAGACCUGUCGCGACCAAUGUCUCCAGAGCUCGGACUGCUUCCAAUGGCGGUUCAGCGGGGACGAGUGCCAUGUGCUCACCGAGGCCUUCAAACUGGGGACGAAGAAGCUGCCAGAGAACACGCGACGGUGGUUCUCGGGGUGGAACGUGCGGAAGAUCCAGGACUGGCGCGACACGCAUCCCUGUGACAAACCGGCGUGGGAAAAGGCGCAUUGA